AUGGCUUCCGUGCAAGAGGUCAACCCUGCUGAUGCAAAGAACUUGUCAUUUGUUCUCCAGAAGCCCUACGACGUCAAGUUUGAGGACCGUCCUAUUCCCCAGAUCAGAGAUCCUUACGAUGUUAUCGUCAAUGUCAAGUACACUGGUAUCUGCGGAUCCGAUGUGCACUACUGGACAGACGGUGCUAUUGGAGACUUUGUGGUCAAAGCCCCCAUGGUGUUGGGCCACGAGUCGGCCGGCAUUGUCGAGCAAGUCGGAGACAAGGUGACGACACUCAAGAAGGGCGACCGUGUCACCAUGGAGCCUGGUGUUCCUUGCCGCAGAUGCCCUCGCUGCAGAGAGGGCAAGUACAACCUCUGCCUUGACAUGGCUUUUGCAGCUACCCCUCCUUACGACGGAACCCUUGCCAAGUACUACCGCCUUCCCGAAGAUUUCUGCUACAAGGUCGCAGACCAUGUUCCUCUCGAGGAAGCCGCAUUGGUCGAGCCAUUGAGUGUUGGUGUACACAUCACCAAGCAGGCCGACAUCAAGCCUGGCCAGAGUGUUGUUGUCUUUGGCGCAGGUCCUGUUGGUCUGCUCUGCAUGGCUGUCGCAAAGUCGUUUGGUGCCACCAAGAUUGUUGCUGUCGACAUCAACGAGGAGCGUCUCGAGUUUGCCCAGAAGUACGCUGCCACACACGUCUUCCGCUCGCAGAGAGUCAGCCCUCAGGAGAACGCCAAGCUCCUCACAGACGAGUGCGAUCUUGGUCUGGGUGCUGAUGCCAUCAUCGAUGCCACUGGAGCUGAGCCUUGCAUUCAGACAGCUAUUCACGCCCUGAGAACCGGCGGAACCUACGUUCAGGGUGGUAUGGGCAAGCCAGACAUCAACUUCCCUAUCAUGGCUAUGUGUGCUAAGGAGCUGAACCUGAAGGGCAGCUUCAGAUACGGACCCGGCGACUACCAGCUGGCCGUAGAUCUCAUCACUUCUGGCAGCCUCAGCGUCAAGGAGCUCAUCACAGGUCGUGUCAAGUUUGAAGAUGCUGAACAGGCUUUCAAGGACGUUCACGCCGCCAAGGGUAUCAAGAUGAUCAUUGAGGGCCCUCAGUAG